CGGAUUUGAACAAAUCAAAACCUACUCAAAAUCUUAGCAGACUCGUUUUGAUUUGAUUCAUCUUUCUUAUCGUUAAAUUACGAUCCCCAAAUCUCGUAUUUGUACCCAUACACAAAGAUAUUAGGGUAUUGUUGCCGAAAAUCUGUAGUAAUUCGUGAAAAAGAAAGAUGAAUGGAGGGGUAAAUAAGAAAAGCGGAGGUAAAGAGGAAGAACAAGAUGGAUUGUCAGUUCAUUCUCCUUGCAAAGCUCCCAACUCGUCUGCUUCUUCUCUUCGGAAGGAGCAAUCACAGGUUGAUUUGGAGCUUAAGCUGCUCGAAGCUCUUGAAAUCUAUCCACCUGUAAAGCUACGAGGAAUACACCGCCACUUUGUUCUUUACGGAUUAACGGAAUACAUGCGGAGAAGCUUCAAUAGGCAGUUUUCUGCUUCUGAUGUCCUGCAAAUGCUGGAUCGUUUCUACAACUUGGAAAUGCUGAAGCCAGAUGAUGAGGAGAGCGGGAUCCUGAAUCAAGUCGAAGAAUUUAGCUUGCCACCAAGUUAUUUCUCCAAGGAAGAAUCUUGAUAGCCUCUGUAAAUAGCCAUGUUCCCUUAUCAAGUUUUACAGGUUCCUUGACCGUCUUUCGACCACACCUUUUUCUGCUAGAAUUCUAUACACAACUUGAAUAUGGGAAUUUUCAAUUUCGUUAUGUUUUUUCGUAUCAUCCGCAGCCUAUACUUGAUAAACAAAUCAAAACUAGAUUAGAAACCAAAAGAUAAAAACAAUAGAACCGAAAACCAAACCCAUCUUAAACUAGAAUAUGAAUCUAAAGCUUUUGUUAGUUUGCUUAAUAUGGUCAGCAGAAUUGUACAUCUGAAACAUUAGUCAUAGGUCACUGUUUUCCCAGGCAGGAAAACAUACUUGGGCCACAAAACACUUGGUAUCGUAACUUCGUAAGUCGUUCUAU